GUACGGAUAUUGCGCUGAUCAGGUAGAUGAGGAGCAAGUGAAUGUUGAUUCUGCGUACAGUGCUGCUCCCCCUAAGAAGUUUGGGGCUUCUAGGAGCACUAACCAAGGGAGUCCACAAUUUUGCCACAAAGCCCCAAACAAUGACUGGCUCUGGAUUUACCACUGUGGCGACUGUCGACAAGUUCCAUCACAUUCUCGGACUCAAAACGGCCGGCAGCGUCCAGAGAUCUCUGCUCCGUGGCUGUAUCACUACAGUAGCGUGCCCCACGUUAGAAUUGAUGGUCUUCGACCAGUUGUCAACGACCCAAUGGGGAUAGAUGCAUUUAUCACAUGCAAGCACCUGCAGAUGUAAUGACACCUCAGGUGCUUUAUCAAACUCAUUCGAGGGCGGCUGUGCAGGACCUUUUAGACUGUUGUAGCGCCGCACCCGAUGCCAUGUCCCUAAUGAAAAGAGGCGUCUCCUCACUAGUAUCGGUGCUGCAGCAACUCCAGGAUGCGCUGAAAGACGGAAGUUCGAAUGGCCUGGAAUUGUCUCUGGAAGCGAGAAGCAAUCUGCAAAAUAUCCUCGAGAAUUGCGAACUUGUUCUUGCAAGCUUGAAGACAAUCCUGGACAAGUUUGAACAUUAUCCGAAAAAUAUCGAAGGGGCGGCGGCUGUAGUGAACAUCAAAGCAAUCAAGAUGAGAUUCCGAUGGAUGAUAGAGGAGAGCGAAGUGGUAAAGGUCCGCAAGAGUCUGGAUUCCCAUGUGUGGACGCUGCAGUUGACUUUGACUGCAACCACAGCGUCCAGCUUGGUUCCUCAAGGGUCUUCAGUCAAACCGCUUGCUGUUUGCGUCGUGUGAGGAUGAGC